CGUGUGUUUAAGCCAAUGAACAAAGCUCCCGAUCCAGCUGCCUCAGGAAAGUCCCUAAGAGACGGGAAGUGUAGAACUAGAUCUUCAGAAGCGAGAGGGGCGGGUCUAAGCGCUGGAAGCUUUGGAUGCGACGGGGCUAAGAUAACGCAAAGGCCAAGGAGCGGACAUGAAGCAGCCGGAGUGGGUACGGGCACCGGAGGAAACCGGGAAAGGAAGCCGAAAUGCCAUGGAGGUCGCUCUGAACUAAAUAUGGCCACGGCCUGUUUCAGCCAAGCGCUGCUCUUGAUCUUCUUCCUCCUUCUGCUUUCCGCAGAUGUCAUUUCUGUAUUACCUGCACCCGCAAAUGUAAGAAUUCGCUCAUUCAACCUACAGCAAAUACUGCAAUGGGAUCCCGUGAAAGUGGAAGAUGUAACCUACAGGGUGGAAACCAAACGGUAUCAUGAAGUGGAUAAUGAUUACACAGUCCGUUGUGAGAACACUACACAGACAGAAUGUGACUUUACAGAUCUUGUUCCAUUUACGUGGAGGAUCGUACUAAGGGUCAGAGCUGCAGCUGGGAACCUACGUUCUAGAUGGAUUGAAACACCCGACUUUCAAGCAUCAAUAAACACUACUUUAGGUCCUGUGAAAUCUCUCAAACUGUCGCCAAGCAAAACAGGUGAUGCCAUUUCUGUCCACUUUGAGCCCCCUAUAUCAACUGAAAUCCUUCCAUAUGACUCCAUAAUACAUUUUACAUUGUAUUACUGGAAAAACGGCUCUGGUGAAGAGAAAGAACUGUCGAGCACAGAUACGCACAUGUUACUGAAGGAUCUGGAUCCCUUGGCUGUUUACUGCGUGGAAGUUACUGCCUCUGUUUGGCAUCUUGUUGGAGAGCCAAGUGAAAUUGUAUGUGAGAAACCAUCAGCAGCUCCAGCUCUCACUGCAACGGGAUACAUUUGGCUUGUUGUCGGACUUGUAUGUGCUUGUUGCGUUAUAUCUGUCUGUGCCUUGACUAUAUACAAACAUCACAAAAUGAUUAAGACGUUGCUGCCUCCUCCUCCUUUGACAAUACCAUACCACGUGCAAAGGUUCUUGGAGGAUCCCUGUUUCCAGCAUUUUCAAGACGACUACUGUGAAAUGCAACCGAUAGAAGAGCAGCAUGAUGAUAUUUCUGUUGUGGAACGUGAAUCCGGCUUUGAUAGAAAGGACUCCUGUACUGAGGAGUGUGUCAUAUAGCAGAUACCUGCGUAAAAGGCUUCCUACCAAACUAUUUCCUAUUUGCUACAGAACAUAGAUUAAUGUUCCUUUCUGCAUCUCGUAUGUGUUUACAUUGUUGGCAAGGAACUUCAGUUCCUUCUUGAGAGUAUGGGAGCUUUAUGAAAGUGCUGAACUAUACUAGGGAACGUUUUAAUGGGGUAGAGAUUUUAUUUUCUUCGGCAGAGUUCAUCAACCCAUUCAAUGCAGGGAAUUGUUUGGUACAAAAAUAUUCACUGAGGAAUCUACAGCAGAACUGUAAUAUCAGUUCAGUGAAGGUAUCGGACCUGGGAGACAGCGGAGGAUACAGAGAACCUACGAAGAUUGGUGAUAACUACAUCAAAAACCAUUUUUUUUUUCUGUAGCAUAGAAACUUUGCCAAAAUGCAAUGAUGGGUGGCUUUUAGGCUCGGUAAAAGCAUCUGCCAAUCCGAGUGUGGAUUCAAACCAUUUAUAGACUUGUUUUACCUGGAAUGUCAAAGUGAACUUAGAUUUCCACAUGUAAGCAAGAAAAAACGGUCAUGGGAUGGAACUACGGAAAGUCAAACUAACAAUCAGGGUUCUUCAUGAGAGAUUCAUUAAAGGGGAGCUAUCGGGAAAAUAAAAAUUUAAUAAGCUUCCUCAUACUGAAGUAAGGAACUUUCUAAAUACAAUCAAUUAAAAAUUCUGCAUAGUUUCUGAAAUAA